AUGUACAACACCCGCCCUCUACAACACCCGCCCUCUACAACACCCGUCCUCUACAACACCCGUCCUCUACAACACCCGCCCUCUACAACACCCGCCCUCAACAACACCCGUCCUCUACAACACCCGUCCUCUACAACACCCGCCCUCUACAACACCCGCCCUCUACAACACCCGCCCUCUACAACACCCGCCCUCAACAACACCCGUCCUCUACAACACCCGUCCUCUACAACACCCGUCCUCUACAACACCCGCCCUCAACAACACCCGUCCUCUACAACACCCGUCCUCAACAAUACCCGUCCUCUACAACACCCGUCCUCUACAACACCCGUCCUCAACAAUACCCGUCCUCUACAACACCCGCCCUCUACAACACCCGCCCUCUACAACACCCGUCCUCUACAACACCCGCCCUCUACAACACCCGUCCUCUACAACACCCGCCCUCUACAACACCCGCCCUCUACAACACCCGUCCUCUACAACACCCGUCCUCUACAACACCCGUCCUCUACAACACCCGCCCUCAACAACACCCGUCCUCUACAACACCCGCCCUCAACAACACCCGCCCUCAACAACACCCGUCCUCUACAACACCCGCCCUCAACAACACCCGCCCUCAACAACACCCGCCCUCAACAAUACCCGUCCUCUACAACACCCGCCCUCAACAACACCCGUCCUCUACAACACCCGCCCUCAACAACACCCGUCCUCUACAACACCCGUCCUCAACAACACCCGCCCUCAACAACACCCGUCCUCUACAACACCCGUCCUCAACAACACCCGCCCUCAACAACAACCGCCCUCUGUAACACAGACCUUGAACCACCAGCCUGA